AUGCGGCUGCGGAUCUACAAGCGGAAGGUGUUGCUGCUGGCGCUGGCGCUGGCGAUCUGCGCGCUGGCGCUGUGGGGAAGCGGCGGCGGCGGCGGGAGGAGGCGGCAGCAGCAGCAGCAGCAGCGGGGCGGUACCGGUACCACCGGGGAGCCGCCGCGGGUCAGCGAGCCGCCGCGCCGCCCCGCCGCUAACGCUUCGGCUGCAUCUCCAGCACCGCCGCUUCUCACGGAAAACGGGACGCUGAAUUACCGUUCGCUCGUUUACCGGCUGAACUUCGACCAACCGGUGCGGAACGCCGGGCGCUUCCCGGCGCGGGCCGCCGCCGACGUGGUGCUGGUGGUGCAGGUGCACGAUCGAGCCGAGCACCUGCGGUUGCUGCUGGAGUCGCUGCGGCGGGCGGCGGGAGUGGAGAACGUGCUGCUGGUGCUGAGCCACGACCUGUGGGCCGAGGAGCUCAACCGGUUGGCGGCACGCGUGGACUUCUGCCCCGUCCUGCAGGUCUUCUUCCCCUUCAGCAUCCAGCUCUACCCCCGCGAGUUCCCCGGCCACGACCCCCGCGACUGCCCCCGCGACGUGGGCAAAGCGGCCGCCCUGCGCCUGGGCUGCAUCAACGCCGAGUACCCCGACUCCUUCGGGCACUACCGCGAAGCUCGCUUCUCCCAGACCAAGCACCACUGGUGGUGGAAGCUGCACUUCGUCUGGGAGCGGGUGCGGGCGCUGCGGGAGCACGCCGGGCCCGUCCUCUUUCUGGAGGAGGACCACUACCUGGCGCCCGACUUCUACCACGUCCUCAAAAAGCUCUGGGCCCUGCGGGAGCGGGAGUGCCCCGAGUGCCAGAUCGUCUCCCUGGGCACCUACAGCCCCGUCCGCGGCGGCUUCGCCGGCCGCGCCGACAAGGUGGAGAUGAAGACGUGGAAGUCCACCGAGCACAACAUGGGCAUGGCCUUCGGCAGAGACACCUACCAGAAGCUCAUCGAGUGCACGGACGCCUUCUGCACCUACGACGACUACAACUGGGACUGGACUCUGCAGCACUUGACUGUUUCUUGUCUUCCAAAGUUCUGGAAAGUGCUGGUUCCCGAAAUCCCCAGGAUUUUUCACACGGGGGACUGCGGCAUGCACCACAAGAAAUCCUGCAGGCCGUCCACCCAGAGUGCCAAAAUCGACUCUCUCUUGAACAGCAACCAACAGUACCUGUUUCCCGAAACGAUGAGUGUCAGUAAAAGGUACUCCAUGGCACCCCUUUCCCCUCAUGUGAAAAACGGAGGGUGGGGAGAUAUUAGGGACCACGAACUCUGUAAAAGUUACCGCAGACUUCAGUGAGGAACGUUCUCGCAGCCUUUUUCUUUCUGAGUUGUUCCAUACUGUCUUUUACAGGCACACACGUGUAUAAAAAAGCAUUUAUGAGUUGGUUUCUGCUUUAAUAUGAAUAAACAUUCUUGUAAAAGGUGUCCCAAAAUAGUAAUCUUUCAUGUUCGGCAACCACGUUUUGGGAAGAAGUUACUUGCUGCUGCCGGGCCGCUCAGAGCAGCGUCGCAGCCCUGCCGCAAAACGUGACCGCUCCUGCGUCGUUUACUGGGAGGAGGAGGAGAAAACUUGUGUUUAAGUGCAUCUUUUCUGGUGCUUAUAGUGCUCUGGGGUGCGGUCUUUCCCCCAUCGGGGCAGAGCGGUGGUGCCCGCGGUGCCGCGCUGGGGGUGGC